AAAAACAAUCUCUCCAACACACCAAAAUCAAAAGAAAAAACAAAAAUCUGAAAAACCCUUGUCAUCAUUUCCAUCAAAAUUCCAUCUUCAUCUCCAUCUUCUUCUCUAACAAGGGUUUUUCUUCCCUAAAGAAACAAAUUAAGCAUAAUAAUUGAAGGCAUAUCCUUUCAAUCGUUUCCCAUGUUGUCACCAAUUACCAAAAGCGUGAUUAUCUAAGCAAACCAUGGUGGAGAACAGGAUUAUAUCAACAAGGUCAUUCAAUUGUAAGAAAAUGGUUGAUAUUCCCGGCCGCCAUACCCAUAGCCUCGACACUGAUGUUUCCGACGACAAACUUAACGCUGAAGAACCAAUAGAAGAAAUCGACUUAACUCUGACAUCUUCGUCAGAUGAUACCGUCGCCCCCGCCGCUCCACGUUUGAGCAAUGACAGCCCCGCCACCACCGUUUCUAGAGACGGAAACGGACCACCUUCAGAUUUGGAUUUGCUGAAAGAGAAAUUUGCCAAGCUUUUGCUUGGAGAAGAUAUGUCUGGUGGUGGGUCGGGUGUAUCGUCAGCUUUGGCCUUGUCAAAUGCUGUUACCAAUCUUGCAGCUUCUAUAUUUGGAGAAAUAAAGAGGUUAGAACCCAUGAAUGGAGAAAGAAAAGCUCGGUGGAAGAAAGAAUUGGAAUGGCUUGUUUCUGUAACAAAUCAAAUUGUUGAACUUGUCCCUUCCCAACAAACAAAUAGUGAUGGAGUAAAUAUGGAGAUAAUGACCACUAAACAACGACGGGAUUUGCUUAUGAAUAUACCAGCUUUGAAGAAACUUGAUGCUAUGCUAGUAGAGUGUCUAGAUAAUUUCCGAAACCAGAGUGAGUUCAGUUAUGUGUCGAGAGAUGCAAAUGAAUCGGAACAAGGAGUUCAGAGACAAGAGAAAUGGUGGCUACCGACGGUUAAAGUCCCUACUAAUGGUUUGUCUGAUGUGUCACGCAAAUGGAUGCAAAGCCAGAAGGACUGUGUUAAUCAAGUUCUUAAGGCAUCCAUGGCCAUCAAUGCUCAAGUCAUAUCUGAAAUGGAUGUGCCCGAUAGCUAUAUCGAAUCCCUUCCUAAGAAUGGAAGAUCCAGCCUUGGAGAUUCAUUAUACAAGAGCAUUACAGCGGAUUACUUCAAUCCUGCUGAAUUUUUCGCAAACCAAGACUUGUCUUCAGAACACAAAGUUCUUGACCUGAAGAACAGGAUCGAGGCAUCAGUUGUGAUUUGGCAGAGAAAGAUGCAUCACAAGGAUGGAAAGUCUUCCUCGUGGGGUACAUCGGUUAGCUUUGAGAAAAGGGAGAUCUUUGAAGAAAGAGCAGAGACUAUCUUGAUGUUACUAAAACAGAAAUUUCCAGGAUUACCUCAAUCUUCACUUGAAAUCAGCAAAAUCCAGUACAACAGAGAUGUGGGGCAUGCAGUUCUUGAAAGCUACUCAAGGGUGUUAGAAACGCUGGCGAAUACAGUCAUGUCUCGGAUAGAAGACGUUUUAUACGCGGAUGGUCUUGCACAAGACCCUUCACAGGAGGCCUGUGAAUGGAAGGCUAAUGGUGAUUCGGAAGAUGGGGUGCAGAGGGUUAGUUCUUCUGGAACACCGACAUCGACAACUCUGUUCGAUGCCAUGGGAUGGAAUCUGGAUGCUAAUAAAUCGCCGGCUGCAAAGGAAGAAAACGGAAAGUCACCAAAUAGCAAACCUCCUAUUGUUGGGUCUAACAAGAAAUUAUCUUACAUGGAAAAGCUCGAGAAAUUGGGUAGUUUAAGAAGUCCAACCCAUUAUGCCUAAAAGAGAAAUUACCAAAAAAGAAGAAGAAGAAGAGUCAUGAGUCUGUCCAUAUUAUUAUUGUAUCAUUAUUCCAUCUAGUUUUGGGAAGGAAAGUAUAGUAGAAAGAACCCAUUUUCGAUCAUCUUUCAUUCUUGUAAGUUAUAACCCAAUUUGAUUGCACCUGCAGCUGUAAGAUCAAGCUUAGUUCAAGGUAACUUAACCAUGUCAUCUAUUCUCUUCUCUUUAUUUUGGCUAAUCAUAUCAUGUAUAAAGUAAUUCAAUUCCUUACUA